UUCAGCACGCUGGCUGAUUUGCGUACUGUCAAUGAAGCUGCGUGGGAGUCCAUCGAGCCCAAGAUAAUCUGCUCGUUGAUCGACUCAAUGAUGUGUCGCUACCAGAAGAUGAAUGAGAAGAGCGAAAAGAAGACACACCACGGAGAAGUAAUCAAGAAAGGCAACAAUAACACGUACUUCUAA